AUGUCUUUCACACGUGAUCCGAACGAAACAUUUGAUAAAAUCUAUUCCGGCUUGGAACGUUGCUGCUCUAGUUUGAAACACGUCGUCAGAGCCUCUGAGACUUUGAAAGAUAUGGGACAGAAAUAUUGGAAAUCAUUUAUUGAUAUGAUUCAGGCUAACCAAAAAUCGCUCAUUUUCAUAAUUCUCUUUGUUGCUGUCGCUGUCAUUAUCUCUGUCUUCCUCGUCGUUCCCCUCUCUUCUAGUCUUGAGAAACAUAUAAAGCAACGAUCCGAAUGCUCAUCCCUGGCUUCGGCAGUUGAUUCCCGUCUCGAGAACUUCAAAAAAGUGUUCGAUAAACUUGACAUUCCCUCACACAAGCAAUAUCUGUACAACACAUGCGAACUUCUUACUGACUACUACAUUGCCCUGCAAUCAUGCAACAACAUCAACAAGGAGCAACUUAAGGAGAAGACUCAAACUUUGAACGAAUGUUGUUAUAGUCGUAAAUACCAAUAUGCAUCGAAGGAAAAAAGGAUCAAUCUGGAAAAGCGCACCAUCGAGUUUGGAGAGAAACUUAAGCAUCUUGAUUUUGACGAAAAUGAUGAAGUGAAAGAAUUUAAAAGAUCGUAUGAUGCUCUUAACGACUGCACUCGUACUCUUGGUCACUUUGAAGCAAUGCAAGAUGAAGAGACGAAGAAAGCGUUUGCCUCAUAUAUUUAUAGUCUAAGAAUGUAA